GAUAGCAAUGGCGGCCACUAUGUGUUGUAUUCGAAAAUGAAACGGAUAAUGGCAAUGAAAAACGUAGGACCGGCUUUAAAACAAGUCCUUAAUCGCAUGCAUGAUGCAGUUGAAAAACGCCCAGAGAGUGUUUGCAAAGCCAUGCCAAGACUAGUGGCUGUGAGCAAGACAAAACCAGUUGACCUUAUUGUAGAAGCAUACGAACAUGGGCAAAGACAUUUUGGUGAAAAUUAUGUACAAGAACUUGCCAAGAAGGCAGCUGACCCUAGAAUCCAACAGUUAAAGGACUUAAAAUGGCAUUUUAUAGGACAUCUUCAGAGAAAUAAAUGUAAUAAUCUUACAGCUAUUCCUAAUUUAUACAUGGUAGAGACUAUAAACAGUGAACGCCUGGCACAAUCACUAAACUCUUCUUGGGGUAAAGUUAAUUCAGAACCUUUGAAUGUUAUGGUGGAAGUUAACACUAGUGACGAAGAAACAAAGAAAGGAUGUCGUGCCGAUGACUGUAUAACUAUUGUAGAGUAUGUUAUCAAAAAUUGUCCUAAUCUGAAGUUUGUGGGCUUGAUGACAAUUGGGCAAUACAACUAYGAUUGGGAGCAGUGUGGUCCAAACCCAGACUUCAUUUGUUUGAUCAAAUACCAAGAAAUUGUAUGUAAAAAGUUUAACCUGACAAAACAACAAGUAGAAUUGAGUAUGGGAAUGUCUAGUGACUUYGAUAAAGCUAUUGUAAUGGGAAGUACUAAUGUUCGUGUUGGAAGUACAAUAUUUGGAGAGAGAGAACCCAAACUAAAGCAACCAGCAGCAGAAGAGAGACCUGCAAUAGAUGUUGACCCAAAUACAACAGCCACAGAAGAUCUUGUUACAAAAGCAUCGGCAAACUUAGAUGARCUCUCUCUGACCUGAACAAUUUUCAAGGAAUUUGAAGAUGACUUGAAAUACAAAGUUAUUUACUUAAAUAUAUUAUUAUAGAGGAAGAAGGGAAUUGUACAUAGUUUAAGUAUUUUUAAUUAACUUACAACUAUGGCAACAAUAUCAAAUCAUUUUCAGAAAAUUUGAAACUGCUCAAAACUUGAUUGUUCAUCAUACUCCUUCAGGAUUCUCUAGGACUUUUUCAGUUGCCAAGGAAGAGUUYCCUGAUAGAGUAACAUUUGAUUUUGUAUUGACUAGUUUUGAGCAUUGCAUCUCUUGAGAAUGGCUUGGGAUUGCAUUACAAAAUAAUACAAGUGAAAACACAGAAAUUUUAUUCAUAUGUAAAUAAGUCGUUGCUUCCAUAUUAAAUUUCUGAUCCUUCAUCAGGGAAUAAAAUGGUUGUACUAUUUACAAUGUGGACGAAACAACUUUAGUUUAUUAAUUUGAUUUGAUGUACAAGGAAAUAUAAGAUACUUUUCAGAGGUAUUGUUCARCAAGAGCAGAUUUGAUAGAUGAAAAACUGGAAUUAGAACCCUUUUCCCCUUGAUUACAGACUUAAGCUUCUCAGCUGACCAAUUAAAAUGAAGGCUCGGGGUACGAGAUUUGAGGAGAAUCUUUUAGUGUUCACAAUCUAUGCCCCCAUGUUUCCAAUUCCCAACCAACCCAAAUUCUACAGAAUAAAAUGAAAUAAAAAAUGAA